UAUUAUCACUCUAGAAACAUUGGCAUAUCUGAAAAGAGGCAUAUUCAACUUAAUGUAUUCGAAAUCACUCAAUUUCUCUCUAUAAAUACACGCAUAGAAGUCUCUAUUAUUACAUAGCCCUUUUAUGUAACUCUCUUACUCUUGGUAUUAAGAAAAACUAGUCAGUGCACUAUCCUACAUCUUAAAAUGGCCUCCACUAAAGCUGAUAAUCCGAUUAACUGCCAGCCCGACACUUUUCGGCCUUCAUCAAACUUCGAGCCCAGUUUAUGGGGUGAUCGUUUCAGUUCAUUCCAUCUAGAUAACCAGGCAUUUGAAAUGUAUGGUAAAGAGGUUGAAGUGUUGAAAGAAGAAGUGAGAAGCAUGCUAAUAGAUGCAGAGAGUAAAGCAUCAGAGAAAAUGAAUUUGAUUAACACACUCGAACGCCUUGGUGUGUCCUAUCACUUUGAGAAAGAGAUGGAAGAGAAGUUGGAACAAAUCUUUCAUUCCCAUGCCCACUUGGAAGAUCAUGAAGACUACAACGAUUUGAGCACAGCUGCUAUUCAUUUUCGAAUAUUCAGACAACAUGGUUAUAACAUGUCUUGUGAUGUCUUCAACAAAUUUAAAGACAACAAUGGUAAAUUCAAUGAAAACCUUACCAGAGAUGUUAUGGGUAUGCUAAGCUUGUAUGAAGCUUCACAUUUGAGGAUAAAUGGAGAAGAUAUUUUAGAUGAGGCUCUUGCUUUCACAACCACUCACCUGGAGUCAAUGGUAACUGAUGAAUUAAGCCCUUUUCUUGCAAAGCAAGUGAUGCAUGCCCUAGAGCAACCCCUUCACAAGGGCAUCCCAAGAUCAGAGGCAAGGCAUUACAUCUCUAUCUAUGAAGAAGACGCUUCUAAGAAUGAAUUGUUACUGAAACUUGCAAAGUUUGACUUCAAUCUAUUACAGUUGACACACAAGCAAGAAUUAUGUCACAUGUCAAGGUGGUGGAAAGACUUAGGCUUUGAAUCAAAACUUCCGUAUGCAAGGAGCAGAGUAGUUGAGUGCUAUUUCUGGGCUAUGACUGCGUAUUUUGAACCUCAUUAUUCCCUUGGACGGAUGAUACUCGCUAAAAUAAUUGUUAUGACAUCAGUUCUAAAUGACAUUUAUGAUGAAUAUGGUACAAUUGAAGAACUCAAACUUUUUACAGAUGCAAUGCAAAGGUUGGAUAUUAGCGUUAUUGAACAGCUCCCGGAUUACAUGAAGAUAUACUAUAGAGCUAUCAUAAAUCUCUACGAGGAAUUCGACAAGGAAAUGACAAAGCAAGGAAGAUCUUACAGCGUUGAUGGCUCAAAAUAUGCUUUUAAAGAGAUAACGAGGAGUUACCACAUGGAGGCCAAGUGGUGUAAAGAAGGAUAUGUGCCAUCUUUCGAUGAGUUCAUGAGCAAUGCGCUUAACAGCGCUGGUUAUUACUUACUCACUACAUCAUCCUUUGUGGGCAUGGGAGCAAUUGCUACGACUGAGGCAUUUGAUUGGAUAAAAGAUAAACCUAAAAUUCUUGUGGCUUCUAGUACAAUUGUGAGGCUCAUGGAUGACAUAGUAGACUACAAGGAAGAUUUGGAGAAGGGGCAUGUUGCUACAGGGAUUAUAUGCUACAUGAAGGAGCAUGCAGGCAUGUCAAAAGAAGAGGUAAUUGACGAGUUCAAUAGAAGGAUUGAAAAUGCAUGGAAAGAGAUCAAUGAGGAAUGCCUCAAGCCAAACUCCAUCUCCAUGCAUCUCCUCAGAAGGAUUGUCAACCUUACCCGAUUAAUGGAUGUCCUUUUCAAGAAAAAUGACGGAUACACUCAUCCAAAAAAAGUAUGGAAAGAUCACAUCAUCUCAAUGUUCAUCAAUCACAUACCCGUAUGAGCAUGGAUUUGUUUUUUGCAUUCUGGUUGGUUGGUUUACUUGUAUGAACAUGAAUGGAUUUGGUCUAGCUAAUAUCUGGGUUGGUGCGUGUACCUUAUCCAUAUAUAUUGUUGUAUUUCUUAAGUUUAAUAAUGGUUUGCCAAUCGUUUGAUGUAAUGGAACGGGUUGGUGUGUGUACCUUAUCCAUAUAUACUGUUGUAUUUUUAAGUUUAAGAAUGGUUUGAGAAUGCUAUUGGUACUAAAAGAUGCUUCGUCU